AUAUCAGCAAUGGCAGCAGCAAGUGUACAGCCUCCGCUCAACCCACGAGCGGCGGCGCCUUCGCCGGCAGUUCACACCUCCAACACUCGAAGCCUACAGACCUCCGACCCUUCCCUUCGUGCGAUGUUCCUCCGCGCGGUGGACCCCUCCCGCCCCGCCUCCUGGUCGGCCGCUGUCGCCGACCUCCUUUCCUCCGGCGACGCCGUCGCCGCGCUGGCCGUCUUUGCUGCCGCUCUCCGCGCUAACCCCGCCGCGCUUCGCCCGGCCCUUCCCCCCGCCUUCCGCGCAGCUGCCGCCGCCACCUCCCUCGCCGCCGGCCGUCAGCUCCACCUCCUUGCCCUCCGCUCGGGUCUAUUCCCCUCCGACCCGUUCUCCGCCUCCGCUCUCCUCCACAUGUACCACCACUGCCGCCACCCGUCAGACGCCCGCAAGGCGUUUGAUGAAAUCCCCAGCCCCAACCCCGUCAUUAUCACCGCCAUGGCCUCCGGCUACGCGCGCAACAGUCUAUUCUACCCCUCGCUCGCUCUCUUCCGCGCCUUACUCGUCUCUGGAUCCGCCAUGGCGGUGGACGAGGCGGCUGCGCUCGUCGCCUUCUCCGCGUCAGCCCGUGUCUCGGACCGAGGGAUUACCUCUAGCCUUCACGCGCUCAUUGCCAAGAUUGGCUUGGACGUGGAUGCUGGGGUGGUCAACACAAUGUUAGACGCUUAUGCCAAGGGCGGUGGUCGUGACCUGGGGGCCGCAAGGAAAGUGUUUGAUACGAUGGACAAGGAUGUGGUGUCCUGGAAUUCCAUGAUUGCGCUCUAUGCUCAGAAUGGGCUGUCGGCGGAGGCCCUCAGGCUAUAUGGCGAUAUGCUGAAUGUUGGUGGAGGCAUUAGGUGCAAUGCUGUGACCUUCUCUGCUGUGUUACUGGCUUGUGCGCAUGCUGGGACAAUACAGACUGGAAAGCGCAUUCAUAAUCAGGUGGUGAGAAUGGGUUUGGAGGAAAAUGUCUACGUUGGAACUUCUGUAGUCGAUAUGUAUAGCAAGUGCGGAAGAGUUGAAAUGGCAAGAAAGGCUUUUGAAAAAAUUAAGGAGAAGAAUGUCCUUUCAUGGUCUGCCUUGAUUACUGGCUAUGGCAUGCAUGGUCAUGGACAACAAGCCCUUGACGUUUUUGAUGAGAUGAGGAGAUCAGGGCAAAAUCCUAACUACAUAACUUUUAUAUCGGUUUUAGCUGCUUGUAGUCAUGCUGGUCUUUUAGAUAAGGGACGUUAUUGGUACAAAACCAUGAAGAAGAAAUUCGGGAUUGAGCCUGGUGUGGAACACUUAGGAUGCAUGGUGGAUCUUCUCGGCCGUGCUGGUUGUCUUGAUGAGGCUUAUGGCCUCAUUAAAGAAAUGAAGAUCAAACCUGAUGCUGCUAUCUGGGGAGCUCUUCUUAGUGCAUGUCGAAUCCACAAAAAGGUUGAACUGGCAGAAAUUUCUGCGAAAAGAUUGUUUGAGUUGGAUGCGACUAACAGUGGGUACUAUGUUCUACUGUCCAAUAUAUAUGCAGAAGCUGGAUUGUGGAAAGAUGUGGAGAGAAUGAGAGUUAUGGUUAAAGCACGAGGAAUAGAAAAGCCUCCAGGGUAUAGUUCAGUUGAGUUGAAAGGUAAAACCCAUGUGUUUUAUGUUGGUGACAAGAUUCAUCCUCAGCACAAGGAGAUCUAUUCUUAUUUGGGGAAACUACUUGAGACAAUUCAAGAAGCAGGCUAUGUACCAAACACAAGUUCUGUUCUUCAUGAUUUAGAUGAAGAGGAGAAAGAGUCUGCAGUGCGCAUCCAUAGUGAAAAGCUUGCCGUUGCUUUUGCUCUAAUGAAUCAGGUCCCGGGUUCGAUAAUCCAUGUAAUAAAGAAUCUUCGGGUCUGUACUGAUUGCCACACAGCAAUGAAAUUCAUUUCAAGGAUCUCUGGACGAGAAAUUAUUGUCAGAGAUUUACAGCGUUUUCAUCAUUUCAAGGACGGAUCAUGCUCUUGUGGGGAUUAUUGGUGACAAACUUACAAGGGGCCUGAGGCUGUGAUGCCAUUUUCUCUGUCUGUAAUAUCACUGUUAUAUGUUACUCUUUCAUGUCAACAUGGAUUUGUAUCCAAGAUAUAUUGUUGCAUAUUUUCAUCUGGAUUAGGCUAAUGACAUUGUCU